ACAAAAGGAAAGAGAGAAGGAGAACGAGAUUAAGAAGAAGUUUAAGAUAACUGGUCAGGAAGAAGCUAUGUACCAGGCGACAGUGAUGGUAGCCUCUAAAGGACGUAAGGACAACCUCUCUGUGAAGAACGGGGACAUCAUCGGCAUCAUACGGACCACAAACUGCCCCAAAGGAAAAUGGUUGGCCAGGGACAAAAACAACACAUACGGGUACAUCUCGGUGAGCCAGGUGGAGCUGGACAUUAAGGAGAUGUUGGUGAUUGGGAAAAUGGCUUCUCAGGCAAUCAGCAAGAAGGACAUCAGCCACCCACUAGAACAGGGAAGAGAGAUGGCCAGCAGGACCUCCAGUCACUAUCCCCAACAGGAAGACACAGGAAGCUUCACAGACGACAGCGAGGAGUGGACGUGCGAUGAUGAUGAUGAACCCCACUCCUACCCCAAAGAGGAGCCCACAGAAAUCAGUGGUCACGUCCGCACGAUGUCUAUGCCGGAGAUGGGAACCAAAGAAGAGCCUAUCUUCCAACACCAGCACACACUCAGUGAAACCACAACAGAUGGCAUGGACAUACAGGCGGGACAUGAAGCACUUCAGAAGCUUGUCACUUUCUUCCACAACCCUGUUGUAGAGGAACCAAUGAAAUGUUCCCCUCAAAUACCUGAAGAACCUAAACCUAAAGCGACCUGCGAGGAUCAAAAAGGACCAGAGCCAGAGCAUCUGCAUGAUGUGGAAGCCAUUUUGGAGAAUACGGACACAGUAAUUCUUCCACCUCCUGACCUGUAUGCUGACGUCAAUAUGUGAUGCUUAGUAAACUAACUAACUUCUACAGCUCAAGAACAGUGGAAGAAUGGUGAGGUGGUCAGUUGUUGAGUGUCACUCUUCUCUGUGAAAAUCCCUCGGACAACGGAGACAUGAAGCACCUGCCGGGAAAAUCUGCAAUCAGAUGGACUAUUUUUCGGUUUUAUAAUUUGGUUUAUGGCCCGGAUUUAAUCCGAACGCUCUAGUCAACAACAGAGCUUCCACCUUUUCUGGAAUCGCUUUCAAGAUUAUUGGGAAAUGACCUUCUAAUGUUGAGAGCUACAGGGUGAUUUUGGACUGAAUCCUUUCUGCUGUCACCCCAGGACAAUAAGAUGAAUAUCUAAACUAAGUUAAGUUUUAUACAAAGACAAUGAUAGGAUACCAUGCAUGCAUUGGUAGAGGUUCCACUGUAUCAUCUUUUUUUACCGGUGUUUGUGUAUUAAGUUGCUAUAACGAAUUGACAGGCUGUAUCAACAUUUGCCUCAAAUGACACCAUAUUUGCCAUGUGUCGCACAAACCUUCACAUAAGGGAGCUCUAGUCAGAAGUGGGUCACUACACACAGAGCAAGAUGGCUGCCAUAUGGGAUUUGUCUAAUGUCUGUGUGUAUAUGUAUGUUUGU